AUGGUGCUUCCCCUUUCAGUUGACCAGCUUGUAGCGAAGCAAGCCAAAGAUACGAGUGCGCAGCGCCCGCGCUUUGUCUCGCGCAGGGAGCGAGAGGCACACCGACAAGCGGAACAAAAGGCGGAGGCAGAGGCAGAAGAGGCACGGCAUGCCAAGGUCCAGAACGAGCGUGUAGAGUGGGAGGCCACAUCGAAGCGCGAGCGAGAACGUGAGCGAAUGCGUGCACGAGGCCGCCGAGCCGCGUCAGGCGACCGCGAUGAGGAUGAUGGAGAUGAACAAGACGAGCGGCCGAGAAAGGUGCCAGCGAUGGCGCCGCAGGAGCUAGCAGACAUUAAGGAACGGUACCUGGGUGUGCGGCGCGAACGAGGGCCGCGGCGUGUGCGACGGGCAGGCGACAAUGCGACGAGGCGCUUUCAGUUUGAGUGGAGUGCGGACGACGACACGAGCGAUGCGCGUGUGGCGGGUGAUGCACGCGUGGAAGAAGUGCUGCUUCGUGGGCGGGCUGGUCUGGAUGGAUCGGAGCGGAGUCUGACGGGGAAGAGCACGAUGCGAUCGACUUUGGCUGAGAAGCCAUGGACAGAAAAGAGUCUGAGCGAGAUGCGGCCGCGGGACUGGCGCAUCUUCCGCGAGGACUACCAGAUCCAGGUGCGGGGCGGCGAAGAUGUGCCGCCGCCCUUGCGUACGUGGCGAGAAUCGCGGAUUCCAGGAGCGAUCCUCGAUGCGAUCGAGGCGAUGGGCUACCGAGAGCCGACGUCGAUCCAGCGGCAGGCGAUUCCGAUUGGGCUGAUUCCUCGCGACCUGAUUGGUCUUGCCGAGACGGGAUCUGGCAAGACGGCGUCGUUUGUCGUGCCGAUGCUCGCGUAUGUCAUGGCGCAGCCACGCAUGGCGCCAGGCGAUGUGUACAUGGGGCCGUAUGGGCUGAUUCUUGCGCCGACACGUGAGCUGGCGCUGCAGAUAGAGGCUGAGACGCGAAAGUUUGCAGCGCGCCUGCAGAUCCAAGUGGUGUCGCUCGUGGGUGGACGCGAUUUGGGCGAGCAGGCGUUUCAUCUGAACGAUGGUGCCGAGAUUGUGAUAGCGACGCCGGGCCGUUUGCAGGACUGCUUGGAGCGGCACAUGCUUGUGCUGGGCCAGUGCCACUAUCUGGUGAUGGACGAGGCGGAUCGCAUGGUCGACAUGAACUAUGAGGAAGCGUUGCACUAUAUUCUCGACAGUCUGCCGACGACGCGGACGACGAUGCUGUAUUCAGCGACGAUGCCGCCGACCGUGGACAAGAUUGCACGGACGUAUCUGACGCGGCCAGUGACCGUGACGAUAGGCCAGGCAGGCCAGGCCGUCGGCACGAUUGAGCAGUGUGUGGAGUUUGUCGACUCUGAGGAGGAUCGGCAGCAGCGGCUCCUGCAUGUGCUGGAUAGUGGCUUUGCGCCGCCGAUGAUUGUAUUUGUGAACCAGAAGGCGAAUGCGGAUCUUGUCGGCAAGGACUUGCGCCGAGCGGGCUGGAAUGUGGCUGUGCUGCAUUCGGGUCUAUCGCAGCCGCAGCGAGAGGCAGCGAUAGCGUCGCUGCGGGAUGGGUACAACGAGGUGCUUUGCUGCACGGACAUUGGUGCACGGGGUAUUGACUUGCCUGAUGUGUCGCUCGUGGUGAACUACCAGUUUCCCACGCAGUUUGCUUCGUACAUCCAUCGCAUUGGUCGUACGGGCCGUGCAGGCAAGAAGGGGCACGCGAUGUCGUUUGUCAACGAUGAUGAUGCACAGCACUUUUACGCACUGCGUCUGGAGCUGGCCAAGUCGCCGGUCUCGAGUGUGCCAGGUGCGCUAGCGAAUCACUCAGCGGCGCUUCAGGCGCCUAGUCAGACGGGCCAUGCGAAUGCAUGA